AUGUCACAUGUUGGGCUAACAUGGAAUUGGUCUAGAUUGUCGGAGUCGGACGCGGAGAUAAAGGAGUGGCAGGAAUGUAGAGAGAUAAUUAAUAAAGUGACUCUCAACAACUCUGAGUAUAGGUGGGUUUGGAAUGAUGAUAGCCAAGAUGGGUUUUCGGUGAAGGCGGUCAAAAAGGCCUUAAUUACUGAAAGGGGAAAUAGCCAGCUUCCUGCUUUCGAGUGGUGUAAAUGGGUGACUAUUAAAUGCAGCAUUGUGGCUUGGAGAGGUAACCUAGAUAGACUUGCUACCAGAGUGAACUUAAAAAGAAGGAAUGUGAACAUCAAUUCUAUUUUGUGUCCUUUUUGUAAUGAGUUUGAGGAAACAAUGGAGCACCUUACUGCUUGUUCUGUGGCGAUUCGGCUGUGGUCGGAGUUAAGUGUUUGGUGUAAGAUCCCCCCAAUUUUUGCUUUCAACUUCAAAGACAUUCUGGAUACACACAAUUUUUCUCAAGCUGGAAAGAAGGAAAAAAAAAUCAUUCAAGGGUUAGUGAUUAUCUCGUGUUGGUGCAUAUAG